UCAUGGGUGAUAUGAAGACCCCAGAUUUUGAUGAUCUUUUGGCUGCUUUUGACAUUCCUGAUGCAACAAGCCUUGAUGCCAAGGAAGCUAUUCAGUCCACUAGUGAUGAAACAGAUGGUCACCUAAAGCCAGCAGGGAUGUGUAUAGAAGAGAAUUUGUCUGUUCAUCAUCCUGUGUCUGUUCCAGAUGUCCCAGUUGUAAGUGUGAUUGUGAAGAAUACAAGUCGUCAGGAAUCUGUUGAUGCCACCGCAGAAAAGGAUAGCAGCAACUUGGGAUCAAACAUUUUGCAAAAUGGAUUCCGUGGAUCAGAUUCUGAUUCUCGUGACACUGUACAUAGCUUUGGUAAAUUUGAGUCUUCUUUUAUAAAUGGAGACAACUCGAGAAGCUACUCUGAAAAAGUAGACUUGCAAAAAUCAGAGAAUGUGUCAUAUUCUCAGUUUAGUCCUAUAUCCAGUCCAGAACCUGAAGAUGCCGCUAAAGGUAAUGGGGUUGAAGAAAAGCAAAAACAUGAAGAGAGACCUUACUUUCCUCAUGCUGUAUAUGCUACUUCAGAAAAUUCUGUUAUUGAUGGUAUCCCGGCACAACCAGAGCAUGAAUUGAGCAUGUUUGAUCAGUAUUCUAAGAAAGAUCAGAAGUCUGAGUCGGGAACUAAGAAAGAAAAUGCUGUAGAAGGUAGCAAAAUAGAGCAGGUUAAGGCAUCUGGACGAUUGGUAGAAGGCAAAAAAGAUGCUGCCAGAAAUAGCUGUCCUUCACAGGCAGUUCCCAGUGCUGAGGGCAGUAACCCAGGUGAAGCAAAGGUUGAACCUCUGACAGACGUGAAGUUAUGUUCAUCAGUUCCACCACGCCAACGAAUAAAGACUGCACGUUCAAAGCUUUCUAACUGCUUAGCUGCAUUAGUAGCCCUCCAGGCAAAAAAGGUUGCUGAAGCAGCAAAGGAGGAUUUUCCAAAUACUGCAAGUGAACCAAUGCCCUCUUUGAAAGAGGGUGGAAAGGGAAGCCCAAAAAUGAUUUCCAAAUCUCCAAGAAGUCCAAGAAGUCCUGCAGAGGUAGUAAAGAAGACUAAACAACCUGAUAGUCCAAGGAGUGUUUGCAGUGACAGCAGUGGUAAAGCAUCCCCAUCACUUGCAGGAGGUUCUCCUCCAGCGAUUCCUAAAGUUAGAAUUAAAACAAUUAAGACUGCUUCAGGGGAGAUUAAAAGAACAGUAACAAGAAUAGUAACGGAUUCUGAACAGGAUGAAAUGGACAGAUCAGAAACUUCAUCUGUGGAAAAUGUGGCUUUGGAACAUUGUAGUCCAAAAUUGCCCAAUGAGCCAAAUCCUGGAGAUGUUGUAGGGAAUGGAAAGAGUAUGGAGCCUUCUAAAGAUGCACCUGGCACACCAUCUCAUUUGUCUGAUGAAACAAAUUCAGGUCUUCAGGCAGUGGGGGUUUCUUUGGAUGGUAGUGUACAGAAACAGGAUACAGCUUUAUUAGCAGUUCCAUCUUUAAGUUCUAACAAUACUGGUGGGAAUGUUAAUGUGGCUCAGCAUUCUGCUGGCGUGCAACAAGCACAAAGCCCUGGAAAUGCUGCCCUUCUUCCUAAAGCAGUGCACUUAGCAAAUCUUAACCUUGUUCCUCAUAGUGUGGCAGCAUCUGUUACAGCUAAAUCAGUAUCUGUGAGGCAGAAUCAACCGCAACUUACAACACAAGUUGUAUACAGUUCAGUACCACUUGUGCACCAAGUAAAGAAGCCUGCACCAGUAGCUUCUGGUAUUGUUGAAGCAUUUAAUAAAUUACUUAAUGGUGCAAAUCCUGUGCCAGUUUAUUCCCCGAACCUUAACCCUCCCCCAGAAAGUAACAUAUCUGUUCCUGCACGUGGUUAUCAUUGUUUGGAAUGUGGGGAUUCGUUUGCCUUGCAGAAAAGCCUGAAACAACAUUACGCUCGUCGGAGUGUUCACCUUGAGGUGACCUGCACACACUGCUCUAAAACACUGCUGUUUUUCAAUAAAUGUAGUCUGCUUGCUCAUGCCAGAGAACAUAAGAGCAAAGGCUUUGUUAUGCAGUGCUCUCAGCUUUUAAUGAAACCCGUUUCUGUUGACCAAAUGUUUUCUUCAUCAUCGACAGCCACUUAUGUGACUGUGGCCCCUCACGCAUCGUCGCUGGGUUCUGUUUCUUUGGCUGCUGUUUCCAAACCAGUAGUAACUGCACAGAAUAAUGGAACAGUAACUUUUCCGUACAGCCAGCCAGCUAUGCCUUUGUUCACUGAUCCACUGAGGCUGACUCGUCAUGGACAGAAGUGUUUUGAAUGUAACACACAGGUGAAUGAUGAAAAUGUUCUGGCGGCACAUUACCAGUGGGUCGCUGAUGAAAAUGAUGGACUGACUUGUCAAGUCUGCCAGAUGAUGCUGCCAAACAAAUGCAGUUAUUCCGCUCAUCAGCGUAUUCAUGCACACAAAUCACCAUACUGUUGCCCUGAGUGUGGUGCUCUGUGUCGAUCAGCUUACUUUCAGACCCACGUUAAGGAAAAUUGUCUGCAUUAUGCACGCAAGGUUGGGUUCAGGUGUGUACAUUGUGGCUCAGUCUUUCUGACGUUGGGUUUGUUGAAAGUACAUAUUCAAGAAAAGCAUUGUGAAGUUUUCCAUAAAUGCGCUUACUGUCCCAUGGCUUUCAAGUCUUCAGAGAGCACUGCCACACACAUCAGCACCCAGCAUUCAACUUUAGAAAACAAAGCCUCUCAGGUUCUGUAUAAAUGCUCUUGUGAAGCAAUCUUUAACAAGCAAAAAUUGUUGCAUCAGCACUUUUAUGAGAAUUCAAAACUGCUAGUCUCCGUGUUCAAGUGUCCUCAGUGUCAGUUGGUUUACACACAAAAGCCAUUAUUAAUGCAACAUGUCAAGAGUGUACACGGCGUCCCUCAAAAUCCUGAAGACCUCUCAAGCUUGCAGCAGCGCUCUGAAACAUCUUCAGGCAACCAGGUUUCAGCAGUACAGUCUAAGACAACCAGUAGUACUGCUCCUUCCUCGAACAGUAAAAAGAAUAGACCUAAUGUACCAAAAUCAGAAGCCAAGUCAAGGCCAAAGAAUACUGGAUGGACUUGUGCAGAAUGUUCAGAAUGGAUUCCAGACCGGGAGACAUAUGUAUCUCACAUGAAAAACCAUGGAUGGUUGAUGAAAAGGUAUCCAUGUCGGCAGUGCACUCGUUCAUUUAGCUGUCCUAACACUCUACGGAAACAUACACGCAUUACCCAUGAGAAGAAAUCAUACAGUUGCUGCUAUUGCACAGAUGAAAAACAGAGCUUCACUACGCGCCUCAUGUUGGAAAGCCACAUCAGUGAAAAACACAGCACUAAUAAUCCAGACUCCAGCCAGGUACCCAAACCAGAUCCUUCAAAAGUAGAUCAUUCAGACCUUCCGCCAGAGAAGGACCCGGACCCGGAACAGGAUUUGCCUCCAAAACGAACAGCUGAAACUGUGCAGAUGGAAGAAAAUACCGAAGAUGAUAUAGAAAGCACCCCUGCCAAAAAACUUAGGGCUCAUUAUAGAUGUGGAAAAUGUGGGUUUCUAACAGAAAGCAGUUCUGAAUUCCAGGACCACAUACCGGAGCAUAAGCCAGAAAAAUCUGGCCUGCAAUGUCUGCACUGUGGCUUGUGUUUCACUUCUCAGGUCUCACUCAAUAGACACCUUUUCAUAAUCCAUAAACAGAAAGGACCAGAUGAUGAGGAAGAGGAGGGAAAGCAAAAAGAGGAACAGGUUUUGGGUACAAGUAAGACAAGUGAGACUGGGCAGGAGAAUCAGACUGCAGAAACGAACAUUACAAAUGCUGAAGACAAUGGAUUACGUUGCAAAGUUUGCCACAAAGCUUUUGAUACUGAAACUGCACGAAAUGCACAUAUGCGUAGCCAUGCAGUGCCAUUUUUGCGAUCAAAAUAGGUGGAGCACUAAAAAAAGAAUAUGUUGUUGACUUUGCAUAUCCACAAUUCUCUUCAAAUGAGGAAAAAAUAUUAAAGAAUAUUUUGAACUGAA